AUGGCUGAACGACCAUCAUUACCAGUCUCAGUUAAUGAAUCACUAAUGGCAGUUCUCAAUGAAAUAGGUGAUUGUGACAUCAACUUUGAAAGUCAUGAAUUACGUUCAUCAUAUCCAAAUACCGUUACAAUAUCAGAUGUUCAUGAAAUAAGUACAAUUGAUGAAGAAUAUCAAAUACGAACAUUAGGCCAACAUAAUAUGGCUAGAAUGUCGAUUUUACCAACUUUUCCACCGAACGUUUCUCAAUCAUCGCCAACAAUAGCAAAUUUGCUCUUAGCAAAUGUGUCACUUGUAUCAUUAACGCAAGAGCAAUAUGAGCGUGCUCAUUUUUAUCGUUUUCCUAAAUUAUUCAAAUUGAAAAUGAAUCUUGACCAUACUCAAGUGAAAUCAAAUGAUGAUCAUCAAACAAGUUUAUGUAAUUCAUUUCUGUUAUGUUUCUAUGACAAUCUUUAUAGGAAAUUAAAGAAACGCUUAAACGUGGGUACAUCUAUUCUUGAUUUCAAUUUAACACGUCUUCGUCAAUGUAUUGAUAAAGUCGUUGAACAACGUGGUCAGCGACAAACAAUGCUUUCUAUCGAUGAAUUACCUUUAGCAUUGGAAUUCUAUUUACAAAUUGAUGUUGACAUGUUCUUUCUCAAAACAUGUUCAUUCAAUGGUGUACAAUUACGGCAAUUCGAAGAUCGUAUUCUUGAAGGUCUCUUCUGUUUGGAUAAACCAGAAGCAAGAUUUGUUAUGAAACCUUGUAAUAAAUCAUAUUGUCAUUGUUGUCAUUCACCAUGUCCACGUCGUAAUUUGGUCAAUACUAAACAAAGAAAAGCAAUUCAAUUUUCUACACCACAUAUUCAUCGUUUUGUGAAUCAAUAUGAAGCUAUUUUGAAUUGCCCAGCAACAUGUGAAAGUAAUAAUUGUAUCUAUGUUUUAACAUGUCCUUGUGGUCAAGUUGAUUUUAUUGGUUCAACUAAAGAACAAUCAUUUGCUGAAAUAAUGGCUCUUCAUCGAGAAGAAGGCAAUCGUAUCAUACGAGAAUGUCUCGUUGGUCAACGUAAUAUCAAUCUUAUUACAAAUGGUUUCAAAUCUGAAGAACAAAAACUGUAUGAUAAACUGUGGCUCUAUCAACAUUCAUCACGUUGUCCAGAUGCUUUACAAUUAUUUUUGGAUUACAAUCCUGCUUAUUGGUGUUUUGUACCAAUGAAAUCGAUGAAGAUCAACAUGACCUAUACACCUAUAGAACAGGCAUCAUUUGUUUGCGCUUCAAAUGAAACAUCCUGGAGUCGUACGGAUGACGAAGUUCUUUUAUUAAUAGAGAAUCUACCAAAACCACUAUUAGAUUUUCAAUUUUCCGCUGAUCAAUAUCAACAACAGACACAUUUCUUUAAAUCCUUACAAGAUUUUAAUGUACCACGUGAUCAUGUUGAUCUAUACAAUGCUGAUAUUAUUGCAAUCUUACCAGAUAAUUGUUCGGAGCUCUUUACAGAACUCAUUGAAUCUCUCUUGAUUACACAUGCAGAAUGUAAAUUAAAUGAAUUUGGUCAUCUCGUCUAUGAACCUUCUGAUCCGAAUGGUGAUCUACAUGAUUCUUGGUGUAUUAAUUUAAUACGUCGUCAUUCACAAUUACUUAUAUGA